AUGUCCCUAUCGAUCAUAGGCAGCCGGCGACGUAGCAUUGCCUCAUGCUCUUCCAAUUCACAACCCUCGCCAACGGAUUCCAGCCCAUCGCCGGAAUUGGCGUCUGGCUCUACCGUCACGCAAAGCGAUGACGAGGAUGAUGAGCCUCGACUUGAUCUCGAUGCCUCUCCCAGCGGGAUAAUAAUGCAACCCAAGAUUGAAGAACCGGACGACGAUAUACUGCAUGUGUAUGACCUCGACGAAGCGAAGCCCAUGGUCGUUGAGCUUCACACUUCGCCGCCAGCUCCUCGGAAGCGAGGGCGACCAAGAAAGAACCCUUUGCCAAAGAAGGCAUCGCACGCCCGGUCGAAAACUGGUUGCGCAACCUGCCGGAAGCGCAAGAAAAAGUGCGACGAGCAGAAGCCGUUUUGCUCAAAUUGCAGGAAAAACAAUGUGGUUUGUGGGGGCUACGAGCCAUUACAGCCGUGGCAAAGCGGGAAAGAGAAGAGACUCAGGCUGCCUUUCAAUUUGCCCGUGGAACUACCCUUGCUCCUCAAUGGUGUCGAGAAUCCAGUGGACAUGAUGUUCUUUCAGCACUUCACCUCCCAGCUGGGCAACGUUCUUUCACUCACAGACAGCUACAAUCCGUUUCAGGAGAUCAUCAUUCCCAUGGCCAUGUCACAUCCAGGUCUGAUGCAUAGUGUGCUUUAUCUAUCUGGAAGCUGUCUCACAGCUAGCGAGCCGCGGUUGGAGUGGCAGGAAAGACAAGAGCACCACAACAAUCGGGCCAUAGUCCUUUUACGUGAAAGUCUGAGUUCCUCCUCUACACUAGACGGUCACAAUCGUUCAACAUUCCCCAAUGGAGAUCGAUCGAUUGCCCAUACGCUCGUCCUAUUCUUGCAAACGGUCUGCGCGGGAGCAGUACAUGGAGAGUACAGACUCCACCUCGAUGCUAUGAAGUCGAUGCUCACCGAGGCUAAGCUCAGCUUCCCAAAUGAGCAGCUACGACAAUUCCUUCUGGAAUUCAUCCUUUACCACGACUGCUGCGCCUCGAUCACCAGUCUUGUGAACCCAAUUGAUAGCAGAAGUAGGGAUCUAAUGGAAGUCAAGCUUCCAAAGUACAUGAUACCCCCAGCAGCCGGCGCGCUUCUCGGUGUCUUUGACGGCUUGUUUGGCUUGAUCUCUCGGAUUCGAUGCCUCCGCGACAGCAUUCGCGAGCAACGCGCUACAGGCUCCAAGUGGUAUGAUUCACUCAUCUGKAACGAAGCCUUCGCCAUCGACUGCUCCCUGCGUGACUGGAAGUGUACAUACGCCGAGGACAAUCCGCGUUACGCCUGCAGUCUUCUGUAUCGCCAGUGCACAUGGAUCUAUCUCUUCCGCACUGUCCAGCCCUCCCGGGCGAGCGACGUAUUUGAGAACGCUGUCGAUCAGGGACUGUGCUACCUUUCUCAUCUGCCGCUGGGAACAGGGGAAUCGUCAAUGCAAAGCGUUCUGCUUAUGCCACUAUUCUUGCUGGGAUGCGCGGCCUUUGAACCGCGCCAAAGAACUCCAAUCUCAUUAGCCUUCGAUCGAUUACAGGAAUGGUCGGGACUCGCGAACAUCCAAUAUGCGCGCGCGGUUGUGGAAGACAUAUGGAUGAAGAUGGAUGCCGGCCUGGAAGCAGAGACCUGGGAUUGGGAAUCGAUUAUUGCAAAUAAUGGGUGGGACUUUUUGAUCACCUAA